AUGGGAGAGGUAGAUCCAGCUUUCAUCCAAGACCCUGAUCACAGGCCUAAACUCUCCAUCACCGAAGUCGAAGGCAUACCCUUGAUUGACCUGACUCCGAUUAUCUCCCCGGACUCCAUUUCCGACCCUAAAGCUAUUGAAGCGGUUGUUAGAGAAAUAGGCAAUGCAUGCAGGGACUGGGGGUUCUUCCAAGUGAUCAAUCAUGGAGCAGUAUUGGAUAAGCUCCGAAAGAUUGAGACUGCUGCUAGGAAAUUCUUUGCUCUGCCUUUGGAAGAAAAGAGGAAAAUUAGGAGGGAUGAAAAAAGCGUGUUAGGUUACUAUGACAGUGAACGUACCAAGAAUGUCAGAGACUGGAAGGAGGUGUUUGAUUUCACAGUGGAGGAGCCUACUCUAGUCCCGGCUUCGCCUGACCCUGAGGACAAGGAAGAGACAGAGUGGUAUAACCAAUGGCCUGAGCACCCUCCGGAACUAAGGGAGGUCUGUGAAGAAUAUGCUCGAGAAGUCGAAAAGCUAGCUCUGAAGUUGAUGGGACUUAUUGCCUUAAGCCUAGGCUUGCCAGCAAACAGGUUCAGCAGCUACUUCAAAGACCAAACAACUUCUAUCAGACUCAAUCACUAUCCAGCUUGUCCUUCCCCUCAGCUAGCUCUUGGUGUUGGUCGUCACAAGGAUGGUGGUGCUUUAACCGUGCUAGCUCAAGAUGACGUUGGAGGACUGGAAGUGAGAAGAAAAACAGAUGGAGCGUGGAUUCGGGUUAAGCCCACCCCAAAUGCCUAUAUCAUCAACGUUGGUGACAGUAUCCAGGUUUGGACCAAUGAAAAAUAUCAGAGUGUGGAACAUAGGGUGAUGGUGAACUCAGAGAAGGAAAGGUUUUCUAUCCCUUACUUCCUCAACCCAUCCCACUACACCAUAAUCAAGCCUUUGGAGGAGCUAAUAAAUGAACAAAACCUGGCCAAGUAUAGGCCCUACAGCUGGGGCAAGUUUAUGACUAACAGAAAGCUCAGUAAUUUCAAGAAACUCAAUGUUGAAAACAUCCAAAUUCAGCAUUUCAGGGUAUCAGAAUAA